ACACACACACGCACUGCUAGUGGAAACAAAUCAACUCUGUUUUGGCGCCAUGCGGCGUAGUUGCUCUGCACUUUGCCUUCACUUUGGCAGACCGACCCAAACGACCGCGACUCGGCCAAAAGCAGAGCCAUAGCCAAAGCUAAAGACUGAACCAGAGCCAGAGCCAGAGAGCCAACGGGCCAAAAGGCAACCAGCCAGCCAGCAAGCCAGCCAGGCAGUCAGCCAGGCCAACUAGUUUUUCUUCAGUUUCUCCUUUGGCUUUUAUUGUGUGUUGUUUAGUAUGCCAUUGGUGCUAACAACGUGCGGUUCGUUCUUGCGGUUUUGUCGCCGCCCGGCCACUCGGGGAAACGGAAUAAAUUCUAGCCUAAUAGCCGAGCAGGUUCAGAGUGCAUUUAAGCUAGAUCUGAAGAUUACACAAGACGAACUCCAAACCAGAGUUCUUUGAACUCCAAGAAUAUAGAGCAUACUGGAAUUACUUUUUUUUUGGGAGGGUUGAGUGGUAUACCCUUGGGUGGGUUGCACUUUAAAAGGUGAUUACUAUAAAUAUUAAUAGGAUUUAUUGAUUGGCUGAUUGGGGGGCUAAGGCCUGAUCGAGUGGCGGCCCGAGACACAUGUCCUUUCUGUCGCCCACCCUUCGAUUGGAGAAUCUGUCGACAGUGCCCACCAUGACGCAGGAUCAUAUACCCGAGGACCAGCGCUACAACAAACAGAACAUCGUGGCCCAGUGGUGUGUCCCCAUCAACGGCAAGAUGUACCGCAUCGAGCUGGAACAUGGCACAACCAGUGGGCGGCGCAUGAUUUGGGUCAAUGGACGGGAGGUACUGCGUCGCGAUUGGAUGUUCAAGCUGGUGGGCGAGGACACGUUCCAUAUUGAUCAAAUCCGCUGCAUCAUACGGGUGGAUCCGGCGCCUGGCUUCAAAUACGAGUACUCACUCUACAUCGAUGGCAAGUCCCACGAGCAGUACACCGAGGAAAUGACGCGGCAGUAUCGGCUGUGGCUAUACACCCAGGACUCGGCCGCCGAAACGGCGCAGGAAUACAGGAUAAUGCUUAAGCUGGAUACGUUGAGUCUAUAUGUGAACGAUGAGCUGCGAACUGAGGAGUCGGCUUUCGUUCAUGGCGGCACUGACACCAAGUUCCUGCUGCAGGACACCGAGUUUGUGCUGCAGGCACGCUCAAGUGGCAAUAAACACGACGGCAUCGUUCACACUCUGCUGGCCAAUGGUGUGGCGGUUCCGGAGGCAAAGAUUCAGGAGAUUAUGCAAGAGCCGGUCUCCAUUUUACAGGCCAACUGAGGGCACUCAACCGAUAGUAUAACGUUUUGCAUUUGUUGGAUUUUAUUCUCAGCCCCCUCUCCCUUAACGAAGUUGUUAAUAAAAGUUGAACAUUUUAAGAAAUGGGACUUUUGUUGGUUUGGUGGAAAAUGAGAAGAGCAUUCGGUUCUUAUACAAUACUUUAUUCGUUUUCCGUUUAUAUGCAUAAUUUAAACGCAAGUACUGACUGCGU